AUGAAGCAGCUACAGGAGCACUGGACCAAUGAGAUUGAGAAGGAUGUCAUGAUAGACAUGGCAGACACUGGCUAUAACAAUGAUCAAAUCACUUUUUCAUGCAAAUUGGAGGCUAUGGAGGACAUCAAAGACUCUGAAUAUAUUCAAAUUGGGCUAGAGAAGCUCUAUAAGGGCAGUAUCAUGAUGGUCAAUACAGUGACUCUUCUGCAGGAUGAGCUCUCAAAAACUGCCGCAGCCACUGCAGCUUGUGAACGCCGCCAGCAAGCAUCCUGA